AUGACAUCCGAAGUGUCAUCUUCGUCUCUUCCGUAUAAACUAAAUCAGCAAAAUCAGACACAGUAUCAGCACAACAUUAGGUUGCUUGAGAAAAUAGUAGAUGCGGUCAUUCUGUGUGGGAAACAAAAUAUUCCUCUGCGAGGACACAGAGAUGAUAGUACAAGUGAUUCUUCAAAUAAAGGUAAUUUCCUGGCAAUAUUACAGCUGUUGGCAAAGCAUGAUGAGCAGCUCAUGUCUCAUCUACAAACAGCAAAAAAGAAUGCCUUAUACACCAGCAAAACCAUUCAAAAUGAGGUUAUCCAACUCAUAGGAAAUCACAUCACAGGUAAAAUUUUGAAGGGUCUACAAGGGAGGGGUUUUUAUUCCAUCAUAGCCGAUGAGGUAACAGACAAAUAUGCUAACAAAGAAGUUUUAGUCUUGUGUCUCAGAUUUCUAGAUACUAGAGAAAACCCUGCCACCAUUAAGGAGGAAUUCCUUGACUUUUCAAAUAUAGGCAGAACUACAGGGGAAGCAAUUGCUGAUAAACUCAUUGAAAUCCUCCGCUCGCUUGCAAUUCCAAUUGAGAACAUGCGAGGGCAAGCAUACGAUGGUGCAGCAGCAAUGGCAUCGGAAAAACGGGGGUGUCAGGGACGAAUGAAGUCUCUAAACCAAUUAGCUUUGUUUACACAUUGUCGGAGUCAUGUGUUGAAUCUGAGCGUUGCUUCAGCCUGCAAAUUACCUCUUGUAAGGAAUAUGAUAGAUGUCCUUAAUUCAGUGUUUAUUUUCUUUGACAGUUCCCCCAAAAGACAAGGGUUUUUUGAGAAUAUUAUAGAAAAUGAUGGGUCAGUAGAUUUUUCCAAAAAGAAACUAGUAGGACUCUGUAAGACUAGAUGGGUUGAACGUCAUAUCUGCUUUGAUGUGUUUUACACUAUGUACAAGUUCGUCAUCAAAUGUCUUCAGCACAUUAUCAAUCAAAACCUUGAUGAAAGUACCAGUGAAGACUGGUCUUGGGAUAGACAAACUAAAGUGACAGCACAGGGACUUUUGGCUUCGUUGACGUCCUUCUCUGUGUUGAUAACAUUUGUGUUUGUAAGGUACGUCCUAGACACAAUAAAACCUUUAACUCCCAAACUUCAGAAGAGAGAUAUUGACAUUUUCACUGCAAGUAAGCUAAUCGAGGAACACGUUGAUAGAAUCAAAGAAAUUCGUACAGCGGUAGAUACGGAAUUUGAGUCUUGCUUUGAAGACGCCAAAUAA